AUGACCCAUGACGUAACUGGUAUCAUUCAGCGACGACAAGAAGUCCUCGUUGAAUCUUUGAAAGACUGCAGCCCUGUGAUGUUAUUUGAGAAGAUAUUUGAUGAUAAUGUUAUGAGUUUGAUUGUGGAAAAUAGCAUGAAGUAUGCUGGGCAACAUAACAGACACAGUUUUGAAAUUGAUAAGCCCGAAUUGAGAACUUUUCUGGCCGUUUUAUGUUUUACUGGAUAUCAUGAACUGCCUUCCGAACGUGCCUAUUGGAGUUUGGAUGAAAAUCUCGGCGUUCCAUUGAUCGCCAAUUGCAUGUCACGCAAUAGGUUUUCGGACAUCAAACGAAACUUACAUUUCGUCGACAAUUCCCUAGCGGAAGGUUCAAAUGAUAAAAUGUUCAAAAUGAGACCGCUGUGCGAUUUUAUACACAAAAAGCUCUUGCCAGUGGGGAGUAUUUCACGAAAACUUAUCUAUAGAUGA